AUGGAGAUAGAUUCAGCAACAUUUGUUAAGAGGUGCAAGCGAACAAAAGGGUCGGAACUCGCCGAUAGGAAAGGAGAGAAAAACAAAGCAAUGCCAAGAGCUCCGUCAAUCCGCUGUUCAUCGAUAGACGAAGCUCUCUCUUUAUCAUCUCGCGCCAGAUGCAACAAAGGAUAAGUCCUUUUUCCUUCUCGCGAAC